AUGGGAUACAUACCUGCACUUGAGGAAAUACUUCAUGAGAUUCAUGUCACUAAUCUUCCAAAACCUAGUGAUUAUGACAAUCGGAAAGAUUUGGUUCGUGUCUUCAAUGAAAUAGCCAAGGAAAUCUAUGGCAAAAUUCAUAAUAAACUCCAGAGGAUGAGCACACAACCCAUGUACAGCCAGAGUCGUGCAAAGGGGACAAAUCGAAAAAACUAUGUUGAACUAGCUCAAUGA